CCUCCAAUGGGACAACAGAGUUUCGCUCCAUUUAUUCCCGGUCGUCAAGUCAGACACCAUCACCUUUGACAGGUGGGUCAACGGAAAUAACAACAAUUUCAUCGACAUUACCAAGUACACCAUUUGAGUCAGCAACCACACCAUCAGAGCAAACAACAAUCUCAAUAUCAUCCCACAAGACUACAUCUCCAGAAUAUACAGCCUCCAAUGGGACAACAGAGUUUUACUCCAUUUCUUCCCAGUCGUCACGUCAGACACCAUCACCUUUGGCAGGUGGGUCAACGGAAAUCACAACAAUUUCAUCUACAUCGCAAAGUACAACAUCCGAAUCAGCAACCAUAACAUCAGAGCAAACAUCAGACUCAAUAUCAUCCCACAUAACUACAACUCCAGAAUAUACAGCCUCCAAUGGGACAACAGAGUUUUACUCCAUUUCGUCCCAGUCGUCAAGUCAGGCACCAUCACCUUUGGCAGCAUCCAAUGGGACAACACAGAUUCAAUCCAUUUCCUCCCAGGUUUCCAGUCAGACAAAAUCACGCCUGCCAGGUGGGUCAACAAAAAUCACAUCAAUUACAUCUACAUCACAAGGUACACCAUCUAAAUCAGCAACCAUACCAGCAGAACAAACAACAGACUCAAUCUCAUCCCACAUACCGACAACUCCAGAAUAUACAG